UAAAGCUCACGCCCUUUGUAACGAAAAACAUGGCCCCGACACGAACCAGAUACACAAAUGAGAUCGAGAAGAACAACAGAAUUAUUACGGUCGAGCGGGCAUUCGGUGGCAAGGAUUACCUUGAUAUGUGGGCAUCGGACAAUGGAUAUGAGGUCCUUGAACAGGAACGACUUGAGGAAGAAGCAAAAGAACAGGCAACAACACCUCGCCAAUAGCCGUCUCCUAGUCGAGUAGGGUGACAUCGAUGAGACUUGAAAGCUGGUAUGAAAAAUUGUUCUGGCAUGGCUGUUGUGACGCCGCUCUGACUGCUAUAGUCGUGGAUGCUAGCAUUUUCUCGCCGGAGAGUGUCAUCGAAACACACCUGGGCGUUCACGCUCUCCCUACCCAUUUCCUGCUCGCUGGUCGACCGCAACCUUUGUGUAUUAUAUGUACAGUAUGUGUGAUACUUGAAGCAUUUGGACAGAGCUCACACCGGGGUCUCGUGGAUGGGUUUAUCUUCCAAGGUUGCACAGAUAUCAAUCAGCGGGGGACAAUGGGCAUCCUGACUAUCCUCUUUUUUCUGGGUAUUUCAGCUUUGCGGCGCAUCUUCGGGAUUUUUGCAUUUCAUGGUUCAGGUUUAUAUCAUUCGAGAUCAUAUAUAAGAGGAAGUCUCUGUCCAAAUGCCACAAUAAUUGUCACAAGCCUCAGCUGUCUAUCUUUCAAUGUAGCAUCUAUCUCAACCUUAUCUCCUGUAGUUUAUUUAUUCAGCCCCUCCGAUGGAAUCUUCAGCUGGUGUCGUGGUGAGUGGCAAUAAGAGAUGGCAGUCAUGAUGUGCUCUGUCGGCGGGCAAAAAAGUGCGUGUGCAUACCGCCGAUCACCGCAGCUCCGCUGUUACUCCAACCGCUAUCAUAUUUCCGGCGUAUGUCAUAGUCCGAGUUAUCUUCCA